AUGGCGGUGGUCUCCAGGGAGAGAAGCAGUCUGGUGAAAGCGGGCAACGAGAGAUCGCGGCCUCGCUCUCCGCUCGGAUUUCCGGAUCCCCAGCUUCGACUGAGGCAGCGGCUGACAAAGGGCUCGCGCCGGUGCCGCCGCCCUUCUCAUCCGGGCAUUCGGGUCCCUGCGGAGAGGGAGGGGCAAGGGCAGAGGGGGAGGGGGAGGAAUAGGAGGGGGGCGCGCUUGGAGCCGAGGCCCUCUCUAGGGCUCCGGGCCUGCAGCCCAACGGACGGAGGCCGAGGAGGACCUGCAGAGGUGGCGGCGGCCGGGGUCAGGAGGAUGGUGCAGAAAGAGAGCCAGGCGGCGCUGGAGGAGCGGGAGGGCGAGCUCAGCUCCAACCCUGCCGCCUCCGCGGGGGCAUCGUUGGAGCCGCCGGCAGCUCCGGCCCCCGGAGAAGACAACCCAUCCGGGGCCGGGGGAGCAGCGGGGGCCGGGGCGGCAGGAGGGGCUCGGAGGUUCCUAUCACCUGGAUUGGAUAUUACCUUUUCUAACCCCAAGGAAGUAUCUACCUUAAAACGCAAACUGGAUCAGGUUUCUCAGUUUGGGUGCAGGUCAUUUGUUCUUUUUGAUGAUAUUGACCAUAAUAUGUGUGCAGCUGACAAAGAGGUAUUCAGUUCUUUUGCGCAUGCCCAGGUCUCCAUCACAAAUGAAAUUUAUCAGUAUCUAGGAGAGCCAGAAACGUUCCUCUUCUGUCCCACAGAAUAUUGUGGCACUUUCUGUUAUCCAAAUGUGUCUCAGUCUCCUUACUUAAGGACUGUGGGUGAAAAGCUGCUACCUGGAAUUGAGGUGCUUUGGACAGGUCCCAAAGUUGUAUCUAAAGAAAUUCCAGUAGAGUCCAUUGAAGAGGUUUCUAAGAUUAUUAAGAGAGCUCCGGUAAUCUGGGAUAACAUUCAUGCUAAUGAUUAUGACCAGAAGAGACUAUUUCUGGGCCCAUACAAAGGAAGAUCCACAGAACUCAUCCCAUGGUUAAAAGGAGUCCUGGCUAAUCCAAAUUGUGAAUUUGAAGCCAACUAUGUUGCUAUCCAUACCCUUGCCACUUGGUACAAAUCAAACAUGAAUGGAGUGAGAAAAGAUGUCGUAAUGACUGACAGUGAAGACAGUACAGUAUCCAUCCAGAUAAAGUUAGAAAAUGAAGGCAGUGAUGAAGAUAUUGAAACUGAUGUACUCUAUAGUCCACAGAUGGCUCUAAAGUUAGCUUUAACAGAAUGGCUGCAGGAGUUUGGCGUACCUCAUCAGUACAGUGGACCCAAAGGAGCACAGAUGUUAAGGGAGUUCCAGUGGCUUCGAGCGAAUAGCAGUGUUGUUAGCGUCAAUUGCAAAGGGAAAGACUCUGAAAAAAUUGAAGAAUGGCGGUCACGAGCAGCCAAGUUUGAAGAGAUGUGUGGACUAGUGAUGGGAAUGUUCACUCGGCUCUCCAGUUGUGCCAACAGGACAAUCCUUUAUGACAUGUACUCCUAUGUUUGGGAUAUCAAGAGUAUAAUGUCUAUGGUGAAGUCUUUUGUACAGUGGUUAGGGUGUCGUAGUCAUUCUUCAGCACAGUUCUUAAUUGGAGACCAAGAAACCUGGGCCUUUAGAGGUGGUCUAGCAGGAGAGUUCCAGCGUUUGCUGCCAAUUGAUGGGGCAAAUGACCUCUUUUUUCAACCACCCCCACUGACUCCUACCUCCAAAGUUUAUACUAUCAGACCAUAUUUUCCUAAAGAUGAGGCUUCCGUGUACAAGAUUUGCAGAGAAAUGUAUGACGAUGGAGUGGGUUUACCUUUUCAAAGUCAGCCUGACCUUAUUGGAGACAAGUUAGUAGGAGGGUUGCUUUCCCUCAGCCUGGAUUACUGUUUUGUCCUAGAAGAUGAAGAUGGCAUAUGUGGUUAUGCCCUGGGCACUGUAGAUGUGACUCCCUUCAUUAGAAAAUGUAAAAUUUCCUGGAUUCCCUUCAUGCAGGAGAAGUAUACCAAGCCAAAUGGUGACAAAGAACUCUCUGAGGCUGAGAAAAUAAUGUUGAGUUUCCAUGAAGAGCAGGAAGUGUUGCCAGAAACUUUCCUUGCCAACUUCCCUUCUCUGAUAAAGAUGGAUAUUCACAAAAAAGUAACUGACCCAAGCAUAGCCAAAAGCAUGAUGGCUUGUCUCCUUUCUUCACUGAAGGCUAAUGGCUCCCGAGGGGCUUUCUGUGAAGUGAGACCGGAUGAUAAAAGAAUUUUGGAAUUUUACAGCAAGUUAGGCUGUUUUGAAAUUGCAAAAAUGGAAGGAUUUCCAAAGGAUGUGGUUAUACUUGGUCGGAGCCUGUGACAUUUGUUGGCACUAUGAACUGUCGGAAAGUCUCUUAACUUCACCUGGUGUGUGGUGGUUGGGGUCUUCAUACAGUUCAGCCUCUGGAGCGGCAACAAAUCAGCUGAUGGGGAUUGGAAACAAAGAAGACUA